CAUGGCAACUCCAGCAUACAUAGCUUCACUCCAAAGAGAUUUGGCCUACUCUUUUUCGAAUAUGAGAAACCUGGUCGAGGCGCUUCGAGCACCAGGCGCUGGCUUCGAUACGCACUUCAAUAUUCAGGGGGUAGACGGAUACAGACGUCUAAGUCAGCUUGGAGAGAGUCUCUUGCGGAUGAUUAUCAUUGACGAGGGGUACACUCGAGGCGAUCAGCGCGCAACGGUCGAUUCCCACCUGCAAAGCCUCCCUGCGCGAGCUCUGCUGUGUGGAAAUCAGAUGAACCUCGGGGACUGCAUUAGUAUGAACCCGAGUCAACAGGGGACAGCGCCAUCUCCCAAGAUGAUCACCCAGUCAACAAUUGCAUUGUUUGCGGCAAUAUAUGUUGAUUCUGGGCGGGAUAUCGCCCAGCUUAAGGCGAUCUUGUCCCAUGUUGGCCUUUUGGAUGAUGGUGCUCACGCGAACGCUGACAUGGCCGAUAGCCCAUGA